CUUUAAUCAACGCGGUGAUAUGACGGAUUCGAACCGAUUUGGUGCGCCUGUUUACAGGUACACAGCAUGAAAACGCAAGCUGCAUCAAGGUCGUUUUCGAGUUCCCGGUCGGCACUGCGGUAUCGAGCGCCGGAGGUGGUCGACUGGAGCACGGCCGCCGAAUAGCGCUUCUGUGCAGGAAGGACACAGGGAGGAGCCGGGAGAAUCUGAGAGUCCCCGAAGUGCUGCGGUUUGGUCAUGUUCGCUGCUGACUUUUUACACCCCUAGGCAAGGGGUGGGACUUGCCGUGGGCCGAACAUAGGGUGUAUCUUUCUGUGGACCAUGAGACGUUACUGAGCAGCCUGAGAUAUAAAGGCGCAUCUUGCACUUCUGUUGACUUUUCACCGCACCCCUCCACGCUUUCGCGAUGUUACUCUCUGCGCUUUGCCUCCUCCUCGCCUCCUCGCCCAUUUCUGUCGAUGCCUUCCCCGCUUAUGCAAAGCGGUAUGCCGGUCCUCGAGGGGACAACGCAGGGAAGUAUCCGAUCCUGAGACGCGCCGCGGCCCCAUACUCUCCCGAAUUCCCCUACACCGGUGCAACUCUGAACGGCCAAGCUGGCACUGGAGUCGGUGGGGUCCAGGUUCCAGCACCUGGUGACUAUGCGCACUACUACGAAGAUCCACUCCCCGGUGCUCAGCGCGGUCCUUGCCCAGGUCUUAACACGCUCGCCAACCACGGCUUCCUUUCUCGUGAUGGAAUCACCACCUACACGGAAAUGGUCGCUGCCCUCCAAAAUGUGUAUAACGUAUGUCUCGAGCAGGCAGAGUUCCCAGUCGCGGUGGCGCUAACAGUGCUCGGAUUUGCUUUGACAGAUGGAGAUCCUGUUUCAGAGAUGAUAUCCAUCGGUGCAAGCGUGCCUCUCCAAACGGGAAAUUAUGGCGAGUACACAGGAGAGUACGGAGGGGUGGACGAGCAUGGGACUUUUGAGCUGGAUGUUUCUCUGACUCGCAAUGACUACUACCUUAACGGUGACUCCCACAGUUUUAACGGCACUCUUUUCGGCAUGAUGUAUCUGAUACUAAGAUCAAGCCUUUUCGAUUUCAAUGCCAUGGCUUUGUAUCGGUCUCAGCAGUAUGAUCGUGCUCGCGUGGAGAACCCAUGGCUGUACUUCCCUCAGCUUGCUCUACACAACUACGGCGCUGCCACGUUCCUUUAUAAUGCCUUCCCUUCUUCGGCCAAGAACUACACCCCUGACUUGGAGACCAUCUCUUCUUUCUUCGGGGCGGUGCAGCUCCCGAACGGAGAGUGGAGUCACGUCGGAGAGCGCACUCCACCCGACUGGCAGAAUCGCGUCACUCCUCUCAACUUAACCGAAGUGAGCACCGGCCUCAGCGAGCUCUAUGCGGCGUAUCCCAAGGAGUACGGAGCGAACGUGAGCGGUGUCUGGUAUCCCCUCAACACCACUGCAACUGCAGCGCGCAAGCGCCAGAGUGAAUCCGGGGUCUUGUGCGGUGCCUACGAUGAGAUUAUCCAGCACGCGGGUGAGUGUUUCAAUCAUGAGUGUGGUUCGCUCUUUGUUAACUCUAUAACAGAGACCGCUCCCCAUCCUCUGGCAAUGCUCCAAUUCGUGGUAGAGAAAGCAAACCCCGUUUUUGAGGCGGUGGGGUGCCAAGUUUACACCUUUUGA